AUGUCGGGCAACGACCUCAUCCCAACACUAACCCGCGCAUCCUCAACCUCUCGCUACUACUGGCGCCAACUCAACCAACCAAGAAUGGACGGUCCUUAUCCAGUGAUGCCAGCGGCGAACUCAUCACAAGAGUCUUCCCGCUCAGGCAAUCGAAGCCCAUCGUCUGCUCGCUCGCGAAAAUCACCCACCUCGAAGCAAUCAUUGUCUACGACACUGCCAGGCUCGGACUUGACGGAAUCGCUGGAUUCUGGUUCCUUGAGACGACCGCAGAAUCGAGGGCCGAGAGACCGGUCUUACUCGAGUAGAGGUAGAGGUUUUGGUCCCGGGAGACAAAACACAUUCGGGGACCAUGCCCACUCACUAAACCAAAUGCCCCCUACCCAACACCCUGGAAGCCUAAUCCACCCGCACUCAUCAUCUGCUUACUACAGCAAGGCUCAAGGCCAAAGGAACAGAACUCGCUCCGGGGAGCGUGCAGAUGCGGCAAAUGCCACGUACCCACCACGUCACAUUCAACAUUCCAAUCCAUCUCCUAUUUCCGGGAGAUAUGGCAAUCAAUCUUGGACCCACCGGCCAGGGGGUGGUUCAUCAGGCCCCGUGAGAGGGGGACGAUCUGCGAAUCGUUUUCGGGAUCCUCAUAUGCGCAAUGCCCAUCAUCCUUAUCCUUAUGAUGAAAAUAUGCAUGGAUAUCGGGGUGAGCUAGACAGAUGGCCUGAUCGUAUCAAUGCUCCUCACACUAUGCGUCCAUUAGAUAAUACUGAGAGCUACCAUUCCUCCGGCUCUUCCUCACACUACGACAAACAUUCGGCGAGUAGGGGUAGAAGACCCCAAUCCGAGGACCGAACCCCCAGGAGAGCCCAGGGCUAUCGGACCGCUUCUGGCACAAGGUACCGGAGAGAUACUGAAAGCUCAGACGAACAUAUUCGGGGUGGCUACACUACAACAAACAAAGUGAAUAGCGGUCCUCGAUAUACCAACGCGAAGAAUACGCGUGACCCGUGUUUCUCAGAUAAAGUUGAUACAAACGCUUCUAAUAGUAUGGGGGACCAUGGUGCUCGCUAUGGGAACAGGGGAUCGUAUGGCCGUCCAAGGUCUUCAAGUUGUGUAAAGACUAAUCCAGUCGAGUCUGCAAGCAAACAAAAUGCGUUCUCUCAGCAGGUAGGGCUGGAGCCCAGAAAAUAUCCUUCUUCGAGUAUCUUCGCCCCUCCACGGUCCAGGGUAUCACCGAUCCCAUCAAACGCACCAUCAGAUGUUGAUUCCGCGGAGUACGAAUACUCUGGUGAAUCUUACUCCGAAAGUGAAGAAUUAAAUGAGUUCCCUCGCGCGGGAAAUCUCACGCCAAGCCAAGAAAGCUACUAUCUUCCUUCCGAAGCGUCCAUGGAUGCCAUAACAGCAUACAAUCAUGUUGCACAAAGAGCUGAGAUCGUUCGGACUCGUCGCUCAAGAAGCUUGGACUCCGAUGAAGAACAAUCAUUACGAGCGAGCCUUUCGCAGAUUGGUUCAAUGGAAGGUCAGCCGCCGGAACUAGUAGAGCAAGGUGACUAUGGUCUGGAUGGAGAGUACGCAAGGAAUGCGUCUAUGCAUGGUACAGAACUCCCCAGGGACGAACUCCAGGCGGAGACUGCCUAUGCUGAGGGAGGAACUUUCGACAUGGACAACACUUCAAUUGCUUCAUCACUAGGACAGGAUUCCGUCGAGGUCUUUCCCUCCUAUCUUCUCACAUCGAGAAAAUUAACCGAUUUUUUCUUCAACUAUCACCCAGAAACCCUCAACUACAGGCCUGGGAUGGGCUUAGAUCAGAACGACACAUAUUGCGAACAAAUAGUGGGAGGAAACAGGAGUGAUGUUGCGGAAGGUUAUGCCAAGCCCCAAGAGCAUGAGCUCCACGACAACAACGACCCUUUCACGACCACCCUACUGAGAGAGAAAGGAAAGUCCCUCACAGAAAUCACUCUAGUAUUAACCCAAGACUCCCACUUUAUUUCUUUCUUUGCCACGUUGCCAAAGUGUGAAACUAAAAUAAGCCAGAACCUUCGUGCAAAGUCUGCUCAUCGACGGAUUGCGAGCGAAGGCGACAGCUCGCCUUACUUUAUCGGGCAAGAGCCGAAACCUUACAUCCAGUUCACUAUCACACCUCAACCAUUUAAACGCCCAAACGGCAAGCAAGGAUACAAGAUAACGGGUGUAUUUGAGAGUUUUGAGGACAAAAGCCCCUCCAAGGUUCCACGCCCUCUAGUAAUCAGGAAGGUAUCCCUGCUACCUGCACCACCGCCGCCAGCUGCACACUAUACAAUGAGUGAAUACGUCUCAUAUUCCAUGCGUUAUCUAUCCUCAGCUACUCCCGAAGGAAGUUCCUCUUCUGCCCGCCACCGUGGACUUUCCGGAGGUGCAGACAGCUAUUACAUGGAGUAUGAUUCUUUCGUUUCUAGUCCUACGACACCAACUCCUAUAAGAGGUAGAAUGUCUAUUGCCCCUAGUGCACCGGCAGGGGAUAGCGCUACAACUCAAUACUCAGGAGAGCCAGCGAUCAGUAACCUUUCACCACACGAUACCGAGGAAUCCCUUUCUCCGGAUUUCGCGUGGGUGGUUGCCCGCCCCGCACUUACAACGGCACAACAAGAACUAGAAGUGGAACUUCGUGCAACAGCAGCAAGAAAGGAAAACGAAAAGGAGGAAUUCUCUGUCGCCGCAAAAGAAAAAGCGGCCAGGCUUACUGCGGCAGCUACAAAGGCGGCCACAAAGGCACCGCCAAAGCAUAGGUUGAUUGAUAUCAGAAAGUCGCCCAGGAAGCGGCCUAUCGAGGAAGCUGAGAAAAAGAAGCAAGGAACUAGUCCUUCGCCCAAGAUAUUUAAAGCAACUAUCUUAGAAAAAGUUGCUGUCUUGGAAAAAGCUGACAUGGAUGAUCGAUGCCCGAUCAUGGGAACCUACACGGUCCGGGGAAUUGAGCCCAACAAGGGACCGACUGUACUCUAUAGCGCGCUACCUGCGGAAAAAGCAGGCUACUUAAUGAUUCCAGAUAUCAAGGAGUACUGCGAGAGCAGCGACUCAGACCAAGACGAAACCUCCCCCGACGCUGAUACAAGCUUCGGUCACUACGCCGUGCGCAACCGCAAAAGCUACAACUUGCCGUUCGCUUCUCCCAACGCGAGUCUACCAAACCGGAAACCGCCCGGUGCAUUCGGUGAAAUCACAUUCUCUCCUAUAGGAAAGAGAAAUGCGAGCGAAGGUGCGGGUGGAAGUCAUACUGCGCGAAGCCCGCCAACCGCUCCGAGAAAUGGUUGCUUCCAGCCACCAGCACUGUACCCAGAGGGUGCAAGCCUCAACGCCGAUCAGCGCGCCCGCCAAUAUGAGUAUCUUGAGCGCGAACGUAUUCGUCAGGCUACCUAUAGGAGGAAUCCUGCGGUUUUUGGAGAUGUCAAGGCUGUUGAAGAUCAGAGGAAGGCAGUUAUGGCGAGGCAGAAGGGCAUGGCGCAGUGUAGGGUUUGCGCGAGGUGGAGAGAACCGGGUACUAGGUGCUGCGACGUGAAGGUUAGGCGUGAGUAA